AUGGCGCGCCGGCGCCCGCCCCUUCGUGGCUCCACACUGCUGCCUGCUGCUGCGACCAUUGUUGCCGCUGGCCAGCAGCAUGGCUUCCCGACGGGGCAUGGCCCCCAGGCUCGCGCUCCCCCCCUUCGCCCUACGCCUGUGUCCGGAUCCGCAUGCCGCGCCCGGCCCCUGCUCCGCCUCGUGCACCGCCGGCCUUGCCUACCGCGCGCUUCAGCCUGCUGUGCUCCGCAUGCGGCUCCGUGCGCCGCAGCCGGCUCCUGCGCUCCAGCCAAAUCGGCGCCGUUUCACUCAGGUCGCCUGGCCUCCGCGCCUGCGCCGCGCCGUCCGACCCCUGUGGCCGCCUCGCCCGUGGCCGGGUGUUCCGCCUGCCGGCUGCUCGUCGGCCUCCCGGCCGCCGGGUCCGCCCCGCCUGUGGCCGCCUGCUCCGAGCCGCCUCUACCACCCGGUCUGCGUCUGGCCGGCUUCCGCUCGCCCUGCGGCCGGCCUCCAUCCUCGCCGCCUGGCCGUCCGGCUCGCGACGCCCGCGUGCGCCGGCUCCGCACCCGAGCCGGCUUCCCUGCGCCUGCCGGCCACUGCCGCUCCCCCUGCUCUGAAGAAAAGAAAACAGAGAAGAAAGUUCCGGUGAAGAAAAAACACCCAGUGAGCCCCGUUCGCCGGCCGGUCACCUGCGCUCGGCCUCUGCCCUUCCGGGGCUCCCCGCUGCUCCAGGCCGCCUCCUGGUCGCCCCCAAGCAGCUGGCUUCUGCCCGCCACCCGGCCUCUGCCAGCUCCGCGCCUGUGGCGACUGCUCCUCCGCCUCGCCAACCCGGCCGCGCCGCUCCACCGCCGCGGCUGCACGCUGCAGCCGGCCUAG